AAGCGUGUGCAGACGGCGGCCGAGACGACGCCUGCCCGUUUCUUCUUGAGAACGUGCAUUCGGGAUCAGUUCGGUUUUGUUGUUGUUGUUUUUGUAGAAAACCAGCGAACCGACCAGAUCUCUCUUAGCGACGGUCACCGAUCGUUGGGAUCCAGUGUACGGCGUUUGGUCGACCUUCUUGACCACCAGCGAAGAAGAUCGUCUAACGUGCGCGUGUUUCUCGGGUUUAUCUCGUAACGGAAAGCACCUUUUCUGACCAAACGAGUCCCCGAGGAAAAAGAAAAAAAGAGAAAUUCGUCAGCUUGUGUGUGCGUGCGUGUUAAAGUGUAUACGAAAGUGUUCCUGCCGUGGGAUAAAAUGUGUGUUGCGGCCACGAGAUAUUCAAGUUGAACGUGAUGACGACGACCGAAACUACCUGAGAGCGGGAAAAGAGCUGGGCUUCGCCGCAUGCAUGGAUCCAUAUGCAGCAGACAAUUCCUGAAUAAGAGCCGCCGGCGAUGAAACAGCUGUCGUCUGCUCGCUACUCCUCCCAUCCAGUCGCUGGACUCCCUGAACGAGCAGAUCGUGCGCUACGUUCUGAGCUCGCCCGGAGGUGGACCACCGGACGACAACGCCUUGGCCGAGGGACACCAACAGCAGCGGCCCCUGCAGUCGGAAGAACCACAACAGCAGGGCAAGCACCGCCCCGUGCAGGGCACCAACAGGGCAGCGGCCGGAGCACGGACGACAGGCGAGGGUGCGACGCUUGUACGUGGUGGCCAUGAGCAGCAGGUGGCGCUGCAGUCCUCGAUGGCGCUCAUGCGCAGACUACUGGUGGACGCCCAGGCCAAGUUCCGAAACAUGAUGGACGACAACAAGGCGCUCGCCUCGCGCAUCGACGGCGACCUACAACAGGCUCAUCAAGAAGUUUCACAGUUGCGCGCCGAGCUGCAGGACACGAACAGCCGUAUCUCCAGCAUGGCCGCCGCAGUGCAGAUACCAUCGGCGAAAUCGGGUAGCCCGGCAUUCCUUUGCUCCAACGCGGGCUACUCGUCUACCCUCUCUUCUUCCGGCGAGCCCCCUCCGCCGCCGGCGCCAAUGUCCUCGUCGUGCCCUCCCAACAUUCCUCAGCAGAUCGUACCCAAUCUACUGAAGCCCUGCCCAAGAUGUCAAGAGGGCCUUCUCGAUGACGGCUACCGGGCGGCGGACUCGAAGGAGUCUAAGGCAGCCGUGAGCGUGCAGACGGACGAGGUGACGACGACUACCUGCGCUAAGGCGUCGAACGUGAACGGAGGCGGUCGCGACUCGACCGAUGACGACGAGGAGGCCGACUGCCUUCCGCUCGAGGAACGACUUCAACGACUGCGGGAAGACAAGCGGCAGCUCGCACAGCACAACAUGAACCUGCAAAAGGAGCUCGACGAGCUGAGGGCUGCACAGGACAAGCAGAAGGUGUGCGCCAUCGAAGAGCACGAGAGAAUGCAAGCGGAGCUCAGCAGCGCCAAGGACGCCCUGUCAGCUCUGAAGCAAGACCGCAAGCGUCUGAAGGCUGAAAAGUUUGACCUGCUGAACCAGAUGAAGGAACUCUACGGCACACUGGAAGACAAGGAGAAGGAACUGCGGGACUUCAUUCGGAACUACGAACAGCGCAUGCACGACAGCGACCACAGCCUCAAACAGCUGGCGCAGGAGCGCGAGGAGUGUGACCGCGAGCGCUGGAACCUGCUGAAGCACGCCCGAGACGAGGCCGAGCGAAGCGUGGCGCUGCGAGCGCAGCUCGGCAUCAAGGAGGCGCAGGUCAAGCAGCUCCAGGAACAACUGCAGCAGGUUCAGGAAAAGUUGACUUACCUGUCCGACGUGGAGAGCCUGCAGGGUAUCGCCGGAAGCAGCAACGGCUUCCAGCAAAGCACUAUGUCUCGACGAAGCUGCCGCAGUCCUGCUCUUGGAAGCGAGCCGCCAAUGGUCACGCUGGGAUACGACUCCAGUCCCAGCCACCAUGCGGCAAGUAGCGGUGGCAGCGGGGUGAUGGACAGCCCCAAGAAGUCGCCGGUGUCGGCGGCCUCGGCUUCGGCGCUGCCUGGCCUCUCGCGUUCUGCAGAGGAGAUAUACCAGAGCAGCGGGUCGUCGGACGCGAGCGCGCCCCGGGGAGCCCCUGGAAAGCCCAAGAAGCGCCGGGACGGCCGCUCACCCUGGGGUUCCAUCUCCAGGGUGUUCCUCAGGGCGCGCCAGAGGAAAGCACUAGAACCGGCCCUGUACGGCACCACCACGGGCCCGGAGUCGUCGCCCCAGCACCACGGCCACCACCUGCAGCUGCAGCAGCAGCGGCAGAGGUGCUCGUGGUCCCCGCAGGGCGGCGCUGGUCCCAGCCUGGGCGGUCCUCCGCUGCUGACGCAAGAGGAGGCGGCCGAGAAGCUGCGCCUGCUAGAAGAGGCCCAGGGGACGCCCAUGGAGCGGUGGAAGGCGCCCACCGUGCUCGCCUGGCUCGAGCUGGCGCUCGCCAUGCCCCAGUACGGGCCAAUGUGCGCCGAGAACGUCAAGAGCGGCAAGAUUUUGCUGGAGCUCUCUGACGCCGAACUGGAAGCUGGACUGGGCAUCACUAACGUCAUGCACAGGAGGAAGCUGCGGCUUGCCAUCGAAGAGCACAGGGAACCCUCAAUAUGCCCGUACCCCAAGAUGUGCCUCGUGACACACACAUGGGUGUGUGGCGAGUGGCUGUCCAGCCUGGGCCUGUCCGCGCACGCGGACAGCUUCCGCGCGCAGCUCGUGGACGGCCGGGUUCUGGACACUCUCAGUCGGCGAGACCUCGAAAAACGCCUAGGGAUGGCGAACCGACACGAGCAGACGUCCCUGCUUCGAGGCGUGCAACUUCUGCGCGCCUUGCGGUUCGACCUGCGCGCGCUGGCGCAUAGGAGGGCGCACUGCCGGCACCUGGACGUCGACCCCCUGGUGUGGACCAACCAGCGGUUUAUUCAGUGGGCGCGCUCCAUCGACCUCGGGGAGUACGCGGAGAAUCUUCGCGACAGCGGGGUUCACGGCGCCCUGGUGGUCUUGGAGCCUUCAUUCACAGCCGACACGAUGGCCCAAGCGCUGGGCAUUCCCGUCUCCAAGAACAUCAUCCGGCGGCACCUCACCACCGAACUCGAGAACCUCGUGCAGCCGGCCAGGAUGUCCCUGGAGGCGGAGGCCGUGGUGGAGAGCAAACGCAGCAGCGGUGAGCGGCUGUCCUCCGCCACUGGAUCCCUGGGACGCAGCUUCGGACGCUCCCGGGCUCGCUCCUCCGAGAGGGGCACCUCGGACAAGAGACGCUCCAGCAUACGGUCUGCUGGCUGGAAAAACUCUCAGCUGAGCCUCUCCUAGAAGAAAAGCGCCCAUUCUCCUCUUCUUAACAAAACACUCUUGCCUUGGAAUGUCAUCUUAAUCCCCACUCAACACUCUGUACCCGAAUGGACUCUCUUGGCCGGGUGCUGGGCUUCAACUCACUCCCGAAACCCAGCACGAGUGGCCUGGGCUCGUACAACGUGACGACGACAUCGGCGGUGCUGUCGAAGCCUCCUCCGGCGCCGCGCAUGUAUCGACCUAGCACUCCCCAGCCGCAGACACGGCCUCCGCAACCGCAACAGCACCGGCGUGUGUUCUCGCAAGGAACCAUCGAAACACUCACCGUGACGCCGGUGUGAAGAGCGUCGGCGACAUGUGUACCGCGUGUAAUAAGAAACAGUCGACGAGACAAUUACUUCUCCUGUGCCCAGUCGCGCGGCGAGUGCGUUCAGGACUGUACUUGAAACAACGUCUAGGAAACGCCACCUAGAAUUCCUAGUUCUAGAUGGUUUUGGUGUAGGUCACCGUAGCACAACACUCCCAUACGAUUAGAAGAUGCGUGGCUCACCUCGUUCGCAAAUCCCUGCGAAGGAACGUGCAUAAAAAGGACGCAGUCUAUUCCAGCUACGUCAUCGUCAGAAGAACAAAAGAAAAAGAGAAGAAUCGAGAAAAGGUUUGUACAAAAGCAAGAGCGAGACUAAAGUACCGUUUGAAGCAUUCACCAUGAUGAUUCAAGCUUAAUGUCUUCUCCAGCAAGUACGGAAGAGUGGCGGAUUUUACCUGUCUUCCAUUUUGAAGAGAGCAUUUGGAGUUUUUUCUGCAAAUCAUCAUGCUGUAUGUCAGACGAGUGGGAAAGCAUUCUAAGAUGUUCAAGUUUAAAGAACCGAUGCGUUUCUUCAUAAUAUUUUUUAUUUCUGUAUGUAUUUCCCCCAUCCCAGUGGUUGAAACGAAGCUUUCUAACAAGUGGGUAGGUUGUAGCUAUAGAAAAGCAUAUCUGAGAGGCUCAUUAGUCCAACACAAAAGAUUCAUGCACUGCAUACUAGCAAAGUCAAAAUUAUAAUAUUUAUAUCACACCA